GUUCCUGACUCGCAAUUUAAUUAAGCUGCAAUGACAGGACAGUGGUCUGUCCAUAGCAAUGGAUACAAUCCCAACGUUGAAUUGUUCACACCACUUAGAUUAGCAGGUUGGGGAAGGAUAGCAUUAGGGAGACAUUUAUGCAGUUACCGGCCACGACGGCUGGUGAUGAGCCUUUAUUUGUGUAAAAUCGGAGGACUCACAAACACAGCAGCACGCCUCGACACAUACUGUUACACGCAAAUAACGAAUGCAUAGCCUACAUGUAGGUCCUAGACACCAUUGGUAUGAAUGAGGAUGUGGUGUGAAUAGGAAGGCUCCGCCUCGCGCAAGCUGUGCGACUGGAGAGGAUGCGGGUUGGUGGAGGUUUAAGGCAUGGGUUUAAGGUGAUGCUGGUUGUUUUUAUUAUUGUCUGAAGCCUCCACAGCUCCACCUUUCGUUUGUGCCAAAAUGGUCAAAUCGAGCGCAGCUACUUUUCUUGUGUUUCCUGUGCGCUUUACCGAAUGACCAAACAGCAGACGCUCAGUAGUUAAGGUGGUAUGUGCUGGAUAAGAUAACAUGCGUACAAAUGAUCUUUCUGUCCAUUUAAAACAAAUUAUUUUAAAAAGUGUAAUCUUUCUUUCACAUCUCCUAUCUUUGCAUCGCCUCAGAUAAAUACAAACAUUGUUUUUAUUUAUAAAAGGAAUUGGUGUAACGGCUCCACCUUAAAUGUUGGUGUCCAAUCUGUUCGCGUCCACUGUAUAUGAGGCAGUAAGCAGAGGCUUUCUUCAUCUGUCGUACGCUUGAAUCAAUAUGUGAAAAUAGUCAGGCUGGCACUGUACAUUUUUACAAAGCCGAUGUGAAUGUGACUGCUGUGUUUAAUAUCAUCGUGAUUCGUCACGGCGAAGAGGCUUUCUAAAUCGUCCAUCAUAACCACUGUGGCUCAGAGCGCCCCCCAGAGGCCCUCCGAGGCGAGGCGGACCACCGGCACCACGGGUACCACCAUGAUGGAGGGGGGGAUGCAGCUGCUGAACCGCGACGGCCACACCAUCUCGCACAACUCCAAGCGGCACUACCACGACUCGUUCGUCAGCAUGAACCGCAUGCGGCAGCGCUCGCUGCUCUGUGACAUCGUGCUGCACGUGUCCAACAAGGAGAUCAAGGCACACAAGGUGGUGCUGGCGUCAUGCAGCCCCUACUUCCACGCCAUGUUCACCAAUGAGAUGUCGGAGAGCCGGCAAACCCACGUCACGCUCCACGACAUCGACCCCCAGGCCCUGGAGCAGCUGGUGCAGUACUCCUACACUGCCGAGAUCGUGGUCGGGGAGGGCAACGUGCAGACGCUGCUCCCCGCCGCCAGCCUGCUGCAGCUGAACGGUGUGCGCGACGCCUGCUGUAAGUUCCUCCUCAGCCAGCUGGACCCGUCCAACUGCCUGGGCAUCCGCGGCUUCGCCGACACGCACUCCUGCAGCGACCUGCUGAAGUCGGCCCACAAGUACGUCCUGCAGCACUUUGUGGAGGUCUCCAAGACGGAGGAGUUCAUGCUGCUGCCGCUCAAACAGUACACCUCCAGCCGCCCCCCCUCGAUGGAGACCUAUCGUCUGGGCAGCCGCAGCAGCAGCAUGUCGUCCCACAGCCGGCCGGAGCGUGACCUGCGACCCCUGUCGCUGCGCUACUCCUCCCCCCAGCACCCCCUGCAGCCCCCGGCCGAGGGCCAGGUGUACAGCACGCCCUACGCAGCCCGCCCCCGCGCCAGCCCCCCGCGCCCGGACAGGGCCCCCCUCAUCAAGUCCAACAGCUGGAGCACCCCCCAGUCCUCGCUGAGCUACGCCCUGAGCUCCACCCAGCGCCACUCCGACCUGUGCCCCCCCCGCCAGCCCCUGUCCCCGCUGUACGACGAGCCCUGCACCCCCGAGCUGUACCAGUCCAGCUGGCAGGGGUCCCUCGGCCUCCAGCAGACCCCCGCGCCGCCGCCCCCCACCUUCAAGCUGUGCACCCCCCCCCUGGGGCGGCGCUGUAGGAGGAGCCUGCCCGCCCCCGCCCCCCCCCGGCUGAGGCUCAACGCUCCUCCGGUGCACGAUCAGCGACUGAUACCCUCCAGCCCCAUCUCCAGCCUCUCCAAGCUGCCCUACUGUUACUCACCAGACCUCAACUCAUACCUCCGGCCCACGGAGCCAGAUGACCAGGAAAUGGACUACGACAACAUUUGGGAAUAUGACCAAAACACCGGCAUGAUUCAGCCCACGUCUGGAAUUCCGCAGCAGCGGACGGGAUUAGGCUUGGAGGCCAGAGGCCUUAGCGCCAUGGCAACGCAGCAGAGAUAGUCAUAAAACAAAACAACGCGCCGCCACCCGUCUGGACGUGUGCAAACAAAGUGAUCAGUAUCAGGUUUUAAUCAGCCUAUCAGACGGCCUCGCUCACUGCCGCACGGGGGGGGGGGGUUAAAGAGCCGGU